GUCCGGGUGGAGCUCCAGGGUCGGAUCUGUGGACUAGGUUUCAUGAGAUCGGGACAGAGAUGAUUAUUACCAAAGCGGGCAGGAGGAUGUUCCCGUCCUUGCGCGUAAAGGUGCGUAACUUGGACCCGUGCCAGCAGUACUACAUCGCCAUGGACGUUUUGCCCAUCGACUCCAAACGAUACAGGUAUGUGUACCACAGCUCUCAGUGGAUGGUGGCAGGAAACACGGACCACUCUUGCGUCGCGCCGCGCUUGUACAUGCACCCGGACUCCCCGUGCGUGGGCGAGACGUGGAUGCGUCAGGUGAUCAGCUUCGAUCGGGUCAAACUGACCAACAAUGAGAUGGAGGACAAGGGACACAUCAUUCUACAGUCAAUGCAUAAGUACAAGCCUCGCGUCCAUGUGAUCCGCCACGACCCCCGGCUGGACCUAUCAAAGACCUCGCUGCCCACUGAGGGUAUGGCCAGCUUCUCCUUCCCAGAGACAGAGUUCACCACUGUGACAGCCUAUCAGAACCAACAGAUCACCAAAUUGAAGAUUGACAGGAACCCAUUCGCUAAGGGCUUCAGAGACCCAGGACGGAACAGGGGUGUGUUGGACGGCCUCAUGGAGUCCUAUCCCUGGAGAAGCCCCCUCAGUCUGGAGUUCAAACCAUUUACUCUUCAGCUACAAGGAAGUAGCUGUGGGUCUCCAGGCAACUGCACUUCUCCUCUGAAAAGCCUUUUCCCUCUCUCCUGUCCUCCGACCUCUCACCCCUUCACCCUCUCCUCCUUCUCCUGCCCUGACACCAGCCUGCACUCCUUUUGUCUUCCCCUCUGCUGCAAGACCUCCCCCCUUCUCCCCCAUCUCCCCCUGCCGGCCAGACCCUACCCCUCCACCCGGCGCUACUCCCCCUGCCUCCCCUCCUCUCGGCCCUGCAGGGGAAGAAGGCUCCAGGCUUCAGCGCUCUGUGUCUUCAGGGGGGCGUUCCCGGACAUCCUCCCAGCCUGCAGCCACACCCCCUACAGGGCCCUCCCUCUCACAGCUCCCCGCGGGGACCCGGCCCUCACUACCCUCACCGCUCCCACCCAGACCCAGCUCCCCCAUACUGUCUGUACCGCUCCAGUCUAUCCAGAAACGCUCACCUCACUGCUUUCUCAUGCCACGCCAAACUGGCUGACAGCACCACAGACUGUCUGCUACGCCAGACACCCUGGAACACCACCAUCAACCACUGCCUCUGACCUCUAA